AUGGAUAACGAAAACAUAGUUUGGUCAAGUGGUGAAUCCGAGCCAGAUGAUUCUGAUCAUGAGCGAGACAUAAGUAUUGUACCAGAAGCUAUAGAGGAAGAUUGUCAUAUAGAUUUUGACUAUCCUGAAAUCGCUUAUGAUAAAUUUUUUUAUCCUUCAAUAAAAGAUUUUACUGGAUCAUUUCAGAUACGUGAAUCUGUCACCAUUCCUGGUGACGCACCUCUUGAUUAUUUUGAAAUCUUUUUCGAUGAACCUCUCUUCAAAAUGAUAGUGACCCAGACAAAUUUGUAUCAAACACAAAAUCCUGAACAAGCACGAAUAAAUAUGAAGCCUUGGACGCCAGUGACAGUCAAUGAGUUGCGAGUUUUUCUUGCACUAUCAAUAAAUAUGGGCCAUGUUCGCAAAGCGACACACUGCAACGUUGUUCACGAACUACUAGCUAUCAUGGACACCGAUUGGCACGAGUGUGCGAACAUCGAUCAGCAUUUGCACGUAAUGAAGACGAAAGCUAGGCUCUCGCAUUUUUGCGUGAACGUUUGGUUGAGUCUGAACACGAUCGGCGAAGUGCUCUACUUCGGGAGUAAUAACGCGAUAGCUAUCAUGCAUCUGGAGGAAAACGACAAUAAUACUUCACGACCUUUCCCCAUGGUGGCUAUGAGCACGAUCAAUCCGUUGCUGAAGCUCGGUCUUCGAAUUCUCGGCAUAUGGCCAGACGUGCCAUACGCCACCGUCCGUCGGCUCAUUCUUGUGUGGAGUACAUUGAUCGUGCAAUACUUUCAGUAUAUGUUCAUGUUCAAGCACUUUAAGCUAAGCGAGCUGGAGUAUCUCACCGUAGACGGUUUCCUGGCCACUGUAUAUUAUACCUUGACCAUCAUGAAGAUGAUGACACUGUGGAAGAAUCAUCGCGUGGUUCGCGAGAUACUGGCCGCUAUGGAUACUGAUUGGCGGGAGUGCGUUAACGUCGAUGAGCAUUUGCACUUAAUGAAGGCGAGAGCUAGCGUCUCGAGUUUUUGCACGAAAGUUUUGUUUGUUUACAACGUUAUCGCCGGUGGAUUAUACUUCGGCGGCAAUAACUUGAAUGCUCUCUUUGAUCUGGAAAACGGCAAUGGUACUUCACGACCGCUCCCCGUGAGUGUAGAGUUACCUUUUGAAGCUAAUCAGUCGCCGAUCUAUGAGCUACUUGUCGUUGUCUUGUUUCUACAUUCGAUGAUGAUCAUAUGUGUAGUGAACUUUCUGUCCACGUUUUUGCUCACUCUGAUGGUGGCCAUGAGCACGAUCAAUCCGUUGUUGAAGCUCGGCCUUCAAAUCCUUGGUGUGUGGCCGGAAGUUCCAUUCGCCACCGUUCGUCGGCUGAUUCAUAUAUGGAGUAUACUGAUCGUGCAAUACUUUCAAUAUGUGUACAUAUUCACGCACUUUAAGUUGAGCGAGUUGCAGUAUCUCGUAGACAGUUUACCGGCCACUUUAUAUUAUACUUUGACCACCAUGAAGAUGAUAACACUUUGGAAAUAUCAUCGGAAGUAUCUCUAUCCAAUUAAAGCGACACAUUGCAGCGUGGUUCGCGAGAUACUGGCCGCUAUGGAUACUGAUUGGCGGGAGUGCGUUAACGUCAAUGAGCAUUUGCACUUAAUGAGAGUGAGAGCUAGCCUCUCGAGUUUUUGCACGAACGCUUUGUUGGGUUUCAACACGUUCGCCGGUGGAUUAUACUUUGGCGGCAAUAACUUGAAUGCUUUUUUUGAUCUGGUGGAAACCGGCAAUGGUACUUCACGACCGUUCCCCGUGAGUGUAGUGUUACCCUUUGAAGCUAAUCAGUCGCCGAUCUAUGAGCUACUUGUUGUUAUCUUGUUUCUACAUUCGAUGAUGAUGGUAUAUACGGUGAACCUUCUGUCCUCAUUUAUCCUUACUCUGUGUAAAUCACUCGGUGAUGCAGCAUAUGAUUCUUUAUGGUAUAACAUGUCGUCCAGUCACGGUAGGAAUAUAUUAUUUAUUAUUAUGAGAUCUCAGAAACAACAGACGAUCACAGUGGGAGGAAUUACGAACUUAACGUUAGAAGCCUUCACGAGUAUGGUACUCACAAGCACGAUUAGUCCGUCUGUGAAAUUCGGUCUUCGAUUUUUGGGCGCCUUGCCGGACGUGCCAUACGCCGUCGUUAAUCGUAUGAUUUACUUGUCGAUUGCGCUGACCGUGCUGUACUUUCAGUACGUGUAUCUGUUCGCGCAUUGCAAGCCGGGGGAGCUGCAGAAUCUUGUAGACAGUUUACCGGCGGCUUUCUAUUAUAGUUUGACUACCAUUAAGGUGAUAACACUUUGGAAGGAGCGUCGCGUGGUUCGAAAAUUACUGGCCGCUAUGGACACUGAUUGGCGCGAGUGCGUGAACGUCGAUCAACAUUUGCACAUGAUGACAACGAAAGCUGGCAUUUCACAUUUUUGCUCGAACGCUUUGUUCGGUUUCAACACAUUCGCCGGAGCGAUCUACGUCAUGGCCGACACCGCGAUCGCAAUUGCGCAUCAGGCAGGGGGUGAUAAUGAUACUUCACGACCGUUUCCCAUCAAGAUACUGCUUCCCUUUGAGGCUGAGCAUUCGCCGAUCUAUGAACUGCUCGUCAUUGUCUUGUUUAUGCAUGCGAUGUUAAACGUGUACUCGGUUACUAUUGUGAACACUCUGCUUUUUACUCUGAUACUUCAUGCAAGCGGACAAAUUGAUAUCAUAUGUGAAGACUUGAAAAUUAUCUCGGAAGAAAUUUCUUCAUAUGGCUCUUCUGGACAUGCAUUAGGAAUACUGGUCGAGAGGCAUAAUAAAGUCAUUUCAUUUUCCGAGAAUGUCGAUAAGCUAUUCUCCUUCAUAGCUUUGAUGCAAGUGCUUUUGAAUACCAUAGUUAUUUGUGCCUUGGGACUUUUCAUUAUGGCAUCUGUCGACGAAUCUGGUGUCGGCGUGAUAAAAACCGCAUUUGCUUAUGGCGCUGUAACAAUUGAAAUGUUUAUCAUUUGCUUUGUAGGAGAGUAUCUUAGCAUUAAGAGUAUAUCACUGGCCGAUGCAGCGUACGAUUCACUAUGGUACAACAUGUCGUCUAAUCACGCUAAAAAUAUGUUAUUCGUAAUCAUGAGAUCUCAAAGAGAACUAACUAUCACGGCGGGUGGAAUGACGACUUUAUCGUUGGAAGCCUUCGCGAGUAUCAUGAAAGCGUCGGCGUCAUAUGUGUCUGUUUUGUAUGCAAUGUAUUGA